GCACAAAAAAAUACUAAAAGAGGUUCAGGCAGUGCAGAUGAUGUACCUUCUGUGGCAAUCCACCGAUUAGCGAGCCUUUCCUCUUCGUCUCGUUCUCUUGGAAGUCGAAGUCAAAGUUUUUCUAAGAUUUACCGCCCUAGUGGAGUUCCAAGCGUGCAAAGUCACAAAGCAAAAAAGGUUCAAUAUGAAAAAGCAAGAGAAGAUCGAAGAGCAAGAAUUAAUGCUACAUAUAAAUACAUAUUUGAAGUUCUCAGUGCCAGGAUAGGCUUAGACUUAGCAACUGUGGAGGAAAUGAUAUUGGACAUCCCUUCGUUCGAUGCCUUUGAUUCCUUUUUUGCCAAGGGAGGAAAAAAAUCAUUGAAAAUUUUUUAUCAAGAAGGAGAUCCACGAGGAAUAGAGUGUGGUCGGGUAAUUCCAGAUGUUGAAAAAGGACGUAAAAUGUUUCAAUUUUAUUUGGAGAGGACACCAGACAAAAUCCUAGGACUAUGCUUAUAUUUCGUUCGCUAUAAGAAUGACACAUCCAUAAGUGAUAAAACUAUACACGAGGAAGUUUCCUUUGGUGUUUUGGAUGCCACUGAUGGACUCCUACCUGGUAUUAAAGAUUUACUAGAAAAGGUUUUUCUCCCUGCUAUCCUUGAAACAAGUAAUUGGGGUGAUUUAGGUCAGUCCAAAGAGGAUACAAAGGACAAGCAGAAGUUUGUGGAAACAAUUAAGAAAUACAUUUCAUUUAUAGGAGGUGCUGCAGAAUGCAUUGAAGGAACAGUUGAGUUGAAAAAAGUAGAUCACAUUAAUUUUUCUGAACUCCAGACCUUUGAUAAAAUAACUGCAGCUGCUGACAGUCAUGACACAGUUACCCAGCUAGAGGAAGUACUUAUGAUAUGGUAUAAACAAAUUGAACGUGUUCUGACUGAGAGCAAACAGCUAAGGAGAGAAGCUAAGGAUUCAGGUCCACUGAUGGAACUGGAGAACUGGAAAUACAUGUCUGCUAAAUUGAACUUUAUUAUUGAACAAAUCAAAGGACAAAACUGUAAAGCUGUUAUCAAUGUUCUGAAAGUUGCACACUCUAAAAUACUAAAGUCAUGGCAAGAAUUAGAUGGCAAAAUCACAGAUGCAGCAAAUGAAUCAAAGGAUAAUGUGAGAUACCUAAGCACACUUGAAAAAGUUUGUCAGCCCCUUUAUACCACUGAUGUUGUAUUAAUGACACAGGGAAUACCAUACUUGAUAAAGGCUGUACAAAUGAUUCACCGUGUUUCAAAAUAUUACAAUACUUCUGAGAGAAUUACAUCAUUACUUAUAAAGGUUACAAACCAAAUGGUCACAACAUGUAAAGCAUACAUUACAGAUGCUGGCUUGAAUCGACUCUGGGAUCAGGAGACACCAGUAGUCACUGGAAAAAUCAAUGACUGCAUAUAUCUGUUGAGAGAAUAUCAGAAAUGCUUCCAUGAAGCCAGGCAAGAGACUGCUAAAAAUCUAGGGGAAAAGGCAUUGGAAGUAUCAGAAAUGUACAUUUUUGGAAAAUCUGAAGCUUUUUGUAGGAGAUUAGAAAAAAUAAUGGAAAUGAUAGCCAUAGAACAGAAUUUUAAUGCACUGACUCAGUGUGCAAUUGAAGGUAUAGAUCUUAUGGCAGUAAAAUUCAAAAAUAUCUACCACAUUUUUCAAAAGAAACCAUAUGACACCCUUGAUCCACAAGUAACAGAAUUUGAUGUGGAUUUUUUGAAAUUCAAGACAGAAGUUGAACGUUUAGAGACACAGCUACAGAAUUUUAUGCGCACCUGUUUUCGAAAAAUUUUGUCUUCACAGAAUUCACUUCAGUUACUUCAAAGGUUUCAAAGUCUGAAUAUGCCAUGCCUAGAAGAAGAAACAGCAAAUACAAUUAGUUCUAUUCUUCAACAUUAUGUAGCAGAACUUGAAGCUACUAAAAAGCUUUACCAAACGCAGAAAGAUGACCCUCCUCUUGCUCGAAACAUGCCACCUAUUGCAGGAAAGAUACUGUGGGUGAGACAGCUAUUCAGAAGGGUAAAUGAACCAAUCAGCUAUUUCCAUAAACAUUCAGAUAUCUUGGCAAGUCCAGAAGGUAAAGCAGUUGUUCAAUCAUACAACAAACUUGCAUACGUAUUGGUGGAGUUCGAGAUAGUCUAUCAUAAUGCAUGGAUGAAGGAAAUGUCACAAUUACAAUAUCUCUUACAAUCCACGAUAUUUGUGCGUCAUCCUACAACUGAGAAGCUCCUGGUUAAUUUUGAUCCCCAGAUUCUAGAGAUUGUGCGAGAGACAAAAUGUAUGGUAAAGUUGGGUCUAGAAGUACCCGAGCAAGCAUUCAAACUAGCAAUAAUAGAAGAUAAAUUGAAGUCAAACAAGUUUAAGUUAGAGGGUAUUAUUGAAUCUUAUGAAGAAUUGUGUCAAGGAACACGAAGUGUGUUUGUAAAUCUGUUCGCACCAAAAAUGCAAACGAUGGAAGCUGUGUUGAGGCAAGGACUUACCAUGUUGACUUGGUCAUCUGUCACACUGGAAACUUUCUUUAAAGAAGCUGACCAAAUUCAGCAUAUAUAUAGACAGCUUUUGAGAAGGGUAAAUAUUAUAACUGACGUGCGGAUUGGUACAUUAUUAGAAGAAAUAUCAAGUACUUCUUUAGUUAGCUUGCCAGUAGAUGAUGCUCUCAAAAUUGAGGAUCUGUUGACUGACAAUGAGGAAUAUACUAAAGAAUGUUCUGAGGUCUUUAAUGUCAAAAGCAUGCGCGUUGAAGAAUCUGUUCAAGAUCUAAUAGAGAUAUUUGAAAAACAUUGUGUAUUACCAUCUCUUAGGCCCUCAGAAUUACAAGGAAAAGACAAGCGUAUAGCAUUUGGAGGUAAAGAAAAAGCUCCUGCUGAAGGACCUAAAAGUGAAGAUGGCAGGAUCAGUGAUAAAGAAGAAGAGUUUAAAAAGAACUGUAAAGACUUACUUGCCCAUUUCAGUCGCCGGCUGCUAGUCAGUCUCCAGAAAUCAACCCGACUGUCUUUGGAUCGUAUUAGAAGAAGAAUGAGUGCUCCAAUCAAAUCUGAGAACGUCCCUCCUUUUAUAAAAGCAGAAGUACACCUUCAGAUUCCAAAUCUGGUAAUAGUUCCCACUUUAGAUGAUAUACAGCAUGCCAUCAAUCGCAUGAUUCAUUUUAUACUGGAAGUAAAUCGAGGAGUUGCUCAGUGGGGACAGAGGCAUUUGCAAAAAUCUAUUUUAAAAACAGAACAGCAAGCAGCUUCUUCAGGCUUUGGAUCACAAGGAAAAAGAGGCAGAAAAGGAGAAAGUGUUGCAGAAAAUGAAACUAUUACUAAAAUAAUUGUGAAUCUCUCUUCUUCCGCGAAUUCUCUAAAAGAAGGAGUUACUGAAGUUCUGAAAGAAUUUGAUAAAUAUAAGGUGUUGUGGACAGGAGAUAAAGAUGCCAUAUUUCAGGAAUUUUUUGCUACUGGUCCCACCUUGUCUGAAAUUAAAGAAGAAAUAGUUCACUACGACACAUUUGAGCAAGAGAUGAAAAGUUUUAAACCCGUUCUGCCUCUUGGUCCAAUUGAGUUGCACACAGAACCACUGAAGAAAGCUUUAGCAAUUGAAGCCAAUUCCUGGAAGAUGGUCCUCUGUCGUUAUUUAAAUGUGGAAUAUAAAGCGAAAUUGCUAGACAUAACCACAUUCAUAAGUGAUUACCUAAACAAAUUGGCUCGACCUCUGGUUGACUUAGAUGAUGUCAGAUUAGCAAUGGAAGCUUUAGCUGCCAUUCAAGAAAGGAGAGCAGAGAUAGACUUCUCUAUGGGACCUAUUGAAGAAGCCUAUGCCAUUUUAAAUGCAUUUCAUGUGGAAAUUACAAAAGAGGAAUCAGAUGGUGUUGAUACAAUGAGAUAUGAUUUUAAUAAAUUAAAAGCCCAAGCUAUUGUAGUGCAAGAUGAAUUGGUUGAAGUUCAGCCCAAGUUUAAGAAAGAGUUGCUAGAAGCAGUUGAAUGUUUUCAGGAUGACGUGGCACAGUUUGAAACAGCUUAUGAAAAGGAAGGGCCUAUGGUUCCAAACAUUCCACCUCAGGAAGCCAGUAAGAGGCAGCAGAUCUUUCAGGCUAACUUUGAGGAGCUGUGGAGAAAGUUUAUCACGUACUCAUCUGGUGAACGGUUGUUUGGAUUGCCUGUCACAGAGUAUGACAUUUUAUACAGAGUCAGGUGCCGUAGACUACCUAAAGGCCUCCACCACUGGCAAGCAUUUUCUGAUCUCAAGAAAAGAAUUGAGGAUUUUAUUGAGUGUUGUUCUUUGCUGGAAAUGAUGUCUGACAAAGCUAUGAAGCAGAGACACUGGGAUCGUAUUUCUGAAACAACAGGACAUACAUUUGAUGUAGAAUCUGAGACCUUUUGCCUUCGAAACAUCAUGGAAGCACCAAUUCUUGAAAAUAAAGAAGAUAUUGAGGAUAUAUGCAUAUCUGCUAUGAAGGAAAAGGAUAUAGAAGCCAAACUGUUACAAGUAGCUGAAACCUGGGCUGCCCAGAAUCUGAGCUUUUCACAGUUCAAAGCAAGAGGAGAGUUACUGCUGAAGGGGAUUGAAUCAGCAGAAAUUAUGAUAUUGAUGGAGGACAGUUUAAUGGUUCUGGAUUCUCUAAUGUCCAAUAGAUACAAUACAGCAUUUAAAAAGCAAAUUCAGAGCUGGGUUUCUAAACUAAGCAGCUCUUCACACAUAAUUGAAGAAUGGCUGAUUGUGCAGAACCUCUGGAUUUAUCUUGAAGCUGUUUUUGUAGCAGGAGAUAUUGCAAAAGAGUUACCCCAGGAAGCAAAGCGUUUUCAGAAUAUUGACAAAUCGUGGGUAAAAAUAAUGCAACGAGCUCAUGAAAAUUCAAAUGUAGUUGCCUGCUGUGUUGGAGAUGAUACUAUGGAGCAACUUCUCCCUUAUUUACAUGAACAGUUGGAAGUAUGUCAGAAAUCACUUACAGGAUAUUUAGAGAAGAAAAGACUUCUGUUUCCAAGAUUCUUUUUCAUUUCUGAUCCUGCACUUGUUGAAAUUCUUGGACAAGCAAGUGAUUCUCAUACUAUCCAGCCACAUCUGACUUCCAUAUCUGACAACAUAAAUGAAGUAGAGUUUCACCCAAAGGAUUACGAUCGCAUACUGGCAGUCAUAUCAAGAGAAGGAGAAAAGAUUUCACUGGACACUCCAGUGCUUGCAAAAGGACCAGUAGAAAUUUGGUUGAAGGCUUUAUUGCAAAUGCAGCAGAGGUCGUUGCAUGGCAUAAUUAGGGCAGCAUUUUACCAAAUUAGUGACCCAGGAUAUCAGUUGUUGAAUUUUCUUAAUCAAUUCCCAGCACAGGUUGGAUUACUAGGAGUUCAAAUAUUGUGGACACGUGAUGGAGAAGAAGCUCUACGCAAUGCUAAGGAUGACAAAAAAAUCAUGGAUGUAACCAAUGCUAGAUUUCUGGAUAUUCUGAAUACAUUGAUUGGCCAGACCACACUGGAUCUUUCCAAGUUUGAGAGAGUGAAAUUUGAAACACUUAUUACCAUCCACGUGCAUCAGCGUGAUAUUUUUGAUGACUUGGUAAAAAUGAACAUCAGAUCACCAACUGAUUUUGAGUGGUUAAAGCAGUCAAGAUUCUACUAUAAAGAGGAUUAUGAUCAAGUCAUCGUAGGAAUCACAGAUGUUGAUUUUGUUUACCAAAAUGAAUUUCUGGGUUGCACUGAUCGUCUGGUUAUAACACCUCUUACAGACAGGUGCUAUAUAACUUUAGCGCAAGCUUUGGGAAUGAACAUGGGAGGAGCUCCAGCAGGACCAGCUGGAACUGGUAAAACAGAAACGACGAAAGACAUGGGAAAGGCUCUGGGGAAAUACGUAGUAGUCUUUAAUUGCUCUGAUCAAAUGGACUUCAGAGGUUUGGGCAGGAUUUUCAAAGGUCUUGCACAGUCUGGAUCUUGGGGAUGUUUUGAUGAAUUCAAUCGAAUUGAGUUACCUGUCUUGUCAGUAGCAGCCCAACAAAUCUAUAUUAUUUUAACAGCAAGGAAAGAAAAAAAAAAGCAGUUCAUUUUUUCUGAUGGGGACUGUGUGGAUUUAAAUCCAGAGUUUGGAAUUUUCCUAACUAUGAAUCCUGGAUAUGCUGGACGUCAAGAACUACCAGAAAAUCUCAAAGUACAGUUUAGAAGCGUUGCAAUGAUGGUUCCAGAUAGACAGAUAAUUAUAAGGGUUAAACUUGCCAGUUAUGGAUUCAUUGAUAAUGUGGUCUUGGCUAAGAAAUUCUUUGUUCUUUAUAAACUUUGCGAGGAGCAGCUCACUAAGCAGGUCCAUUAUGACUUUGGUCUGAGGAAUAUCCUUUCAGUACUGAGGACUCUUGGAGCUCAAAAGAGAGCCAGGCCAAAUGAAGGUGAACUGAGUAUUGUCAUGAGAGGGUUAAGAGAUAUGAAUCUUUCUAAGCUGAUAGAUGAAGAUGAGCCUUUGUUUCUGAGUCUUAUCAAUGAUCUCUUCCCGGGGUUGCAGUUGGACAGCAGCACCUAUGAUGAGCUCCAGGCUGCAGUAGCUCAUCAGGUUGAAGAGGCAGGACUGGUUAACCACCCACCAUGGAACCUUAAGCUUGUUCAGUUGUAUGAAACCAAUCUGGUACGUCAUGGGUUGAUGACACUUGGACCUAGUGGGUCUGGAAAAACGAUGGUCAUAACUAUAUUGAUGAGAGCACUCACAGAAUGUGGCCAUCCUCAUAAGGAAAUGCGCAUGAACCCCAAAGCUAUCACUGCUCCUCAAAUGUUUGGAAAACUAGAUGCUGCAACUAAUGACUGGACAGAUGGAAUCUUUUCUACUCUGUGGAGGAAAACACUGAAAACCAAAAAGGGUGAAAAUGUGUUUCUAGUUUUAGAUGGUCCUGUAGAUGCAAUCUGGAUUGAGAAUUUAAAUUCAGUUUUGGAUGAUAACAAGACCCUCACUCUUGCAAAUGGAGAUCGAAUUCCUAUGUCUCCUUCCUGUAAACUGUUAUUUGAGGUCCACAACAUCGAGAAUGCCUCUCCAGCAACAGUUUCUCGAAUGGGUAUGGUCUUCAUCAGUUCUUCUGUCCUCAGCUGGAGACCAAUAUUGCAGGCAUGGCUGAAAAAACGUACUGCUCAGGAAGCUGAACUUUUGCAAAGUUUGUAUGACAGAAUCUUUGAACCAGCAUAUACAUAUAUGAAACUAAACCUUAACCCCAAAAUGGAGCUUCUGGAAUGUAACUACAUUAUGCAGUCUAUUAAUCUUCUGGAGGGCUUGAUUCCAUUGAAGGAAGAACGUGGUGUAUCAGCUACACAACUACUGCAUAAAUUGUUCAACUUUGCAAUUAUGUGGAGUUUAGGUGCCCUUCUGGAGCUGGACAGUCGAGAUAAACUUGAAGCCUUCAUUAGAGCUCAUGAUAGUAAAUUAGACCUACCAAAAAUCCCCCGUGACAGCAAUCAAACGAUGUAUGAGUUUUAUGUAACUGAUCGUGGUGCGUGGGAGCACUGGAGUAAUAAAGUUCAGGAAUUUGUUUAUCCAACAGAUCAUGUCCCAGACUAUGCAUCUAUUCUGGUUCCAAAUGUUGAUAAUACCAGAACUCAGUUUUUGAUAAACACAAUUGCAAAACAAAAGAAAGCUGUUUUGCUCAUAGGAGAACAGGGGACUGCAAAGACUGUUAUGAUUAAGGGAUAUAUGAAAAGAUAUGACCCAGAAGAGCAUUUGUCAAAAAGUCUAAACUUUUCUUCUGCCACAGAACCAUUUAUGUUUCAGAGGACAAUAGAGAGUUAUGUGGACAAACGUGUUGGAAGCACUUAUGGACCUCCUGGGGGCAGAAAAAUGACUAUUUUUAUUGAUGAUAUCAAUAUGCCAUUUAUCAAUGAAUGGGGAGAUCAGAUAACAAAUGAAAUUGUCCGUCAGAUGAUGGAAGCGAGAGGGAUGUACAGCUUGGAUAAACCUGGAGAAUUCCUUACAAUUGUAGAUGUACAAAUAAUAGCAGCAAUGAUCCAUCCUGGAGGAGGCCGUAACGAUAUUCCCCAGCGUCUGAAAAGACAAUUUUGUGUAUUCAACUGUACAUUGCCAUCCAACGCAUCCAUCGACAAAAUUUUUGGUAUAAUUGCCAAUGGAUAUUUUCAUCCCUGUAGAGAAUUCAACCCUGAAGUAUGUAGUAUGGUGGAAAGAUUGGUCUCAACAGGAAGAAUAUUGUGGCAGCGGACAAAGGCAAAGAUGUUACCUACACCAUCUAAAUUCCACUACAUCUUCAACCUUCGAGACCUUUCUAGAAUUUGGCAAGGAAUGUUAACUAUAAAGGCAGAAGAAUGCACAAGCAGCAGUGUUAUCCUAAAACUUUUUAAACAUGAAUGUACCAGGGUAAUUGCUGACAGGUUUAAUACACCCGAAGACACAGCUUGGUUUGAAAAAACUAUUGAUAAAACAAUUGAGGAAUAUGUGGAGGCAGAUUUAAGUCAAGUUCUCAAUACCGAACCAUAUUUUGUAGAUUUUUUACGGGAUGAGCCUGAACCAACUGGUGACGAACCAGAAGACGUUGAGCUUGUAGCACCAAAAAUUUAUGAGGAGGUUCCAAGCUAUGAAUUCCUCUGUAACAAAUUGCGGUACUAUCAGUCCCAAUACAAUGAAAGUAUUAGAGGGUCCUUUCUUGAUUUGGUGUUUUUCAAGGAUGCAAUGACACAUCUUAUUAAGGUUUCCCGAAUUAUUCGGACAGCCUAUGGAAAUGCUUUACUUGUUGGAGUUGGUGGAUCUGGAAAACAAAGUCUUUCAAAGUUAGCCUCCUUCAUUGCUGGCUAUAAAAUAUUUCAGAUAACUCUAACUAGAUCCUACAAUAUAACCAAUCUGGCAGAAGAUUUAAAAGAAUUAUAUAGGACAGCUGGACAGGAAGGACAAGGUAUCACCUUCAUUUUCACUGAUAAUGAGAUAAAAGAGGAAUCAUUUUUGGAAUAUGUAAAUAAUCUGCUGUCUUCAGGAGAGAUUUCUAAUUUAUUUGCUCGGGAUGAAUUGGAUGAAAUCACCCAAUCCUUAGUACCUGUGAUGAAAAAAGAGCUGCCUCGGCAUCCUCCUACCUUUGACAAUCUUUAUGAGUACUUCUUAAGUCGAGCAAAGAAGAACUUGCACGUUGUCCUCUGCUUUUCUCCAGUUGGUGAGAAGUUCCGUGCGCGUUCUUUGAAAUUUCCCGGUCUGAUAUCAGGGUGCACCAUGGAUUGGUUCAGUCGAUGGCCCAGGGAAGCUCUUGUAGCUGUGUCCAGCUAUUUUCUGUCAGAGUUUAAUAUGGUCUGCCCUCCACCAGUUAAAACAGAAGUAGUGGAAACCAUGGGUCUCUUCCAUGACAUAGUAUCAGAAAGCUGUGAGAAUUAUUUCCAAAGGUAUCGAAGACGAGCUUAUGUAACACCUAAAUCUUACCUCUCUUUCAUCAAUGGCUACAAAGAGGUUUACACUGAGAAGUUAAAUAGUAUUAACGAGCAGGCUGAACGUAUGCAAACUGGUCUGUCCAAGCUGAUGGAAGCCAGUGAAUCUGUUGCUCAGCUCUCUAAGGACUUGGCUAUUAAGGAGAAGGAGCUGGCUGUGACUUCUGCUAAGGCAGAUAAAGUUCUAGAAGAAGUCAAACAAAGUGCUGAAGCCGCAACUAAAAUAAAACUUGAAGUCCAGGAGGUGAAAGAUAAAGCACAAAGGAUCGUGGAUGCAAUUGAUAUAGAAAAGCAGGAAGCAGAGAAAAAACUGGAGGCAGCUAAACCAGCACUAGAAGAAGCAGAAGAAGCUCUGAAAACCAUCAGACCAGAGGAUAUCGCUACUGUUAGAAAACUUGCAAAGCCUCCACACCUCAUUAUGAGGAUCAUGGACUGCUGUCUGCUACUAUUUCAAAAGAGAGUGGAUCAAGUUACCAUGGAUCCAGAAAAGCCUUGCUGCAAGCCAUCGUGGGGAGAAUCAUUAAAACUUAUGAGUGGCCCGUUCUUGAACAACUUAAGGAACUUUGCUAGGGAUACAAUCAAUGAUGAGACAGUAGAAUUAGUCCAGCCUUACUUCGAAAUGGAAGACUAUACACUGGAAAAUGGUAAAAAGGUGUGUGGCAACGUGGCAGGACUCCUCUCUUGGACAAAAGCCAUGGUGGUAUUUUAUGGUGUUAACAGAGAAGUCCUCCCUCUUAAGGCUAACCUGGCAAAACAAGAAGGUCGCCUGAAAGUAGCUAAUGCAGAAAAAGAUAAAGCUCAGGCAGAAUUAGAUGAAAAGCAAGCUGAACUGGAUAAAGUGCAGGCAAAGUUUGAUGCAGCAAUGAAGGAGAAAAUGGACUUAGAGGAUGAUGCAGAAACAUGCAAAAGAAAGAUGCAAGCAGCCUCUGCACUUAUAGAUGGACUGAGUGGUGAGAAAGUUAGGUGGACUCAGCAAAGCAAAGAAUUUAAAUCUCAAAUUAAAAGACUUGUGGGAGAUAUAUUGCUCUGCACAGGCUUUCUUUCAUACUGUGGACCUUUUAAUCAAGACUUCAGAAACCUUUUGCUCAAAGACUUAUGGGAAACAGAGUUGAGAGAGCAUAAAAUCCCCUUUUCUGAUGAUUUAAACCUGAUUUCUAUGUUGGUAGACCCACCAACAAUUAGUGAGUGGAAUCUUCAAGGAUUGCCUGGAGAUCACCUCUCAAUUCAGAAUGGUAUUAUUGUCACUAAGGCAUCAAGAUACCCACUUUUAGUAGACCCACAAACUCAAGGAAAAGCAUGGGUGAUACAAAAAGAACAGGAUAAUGAAUUACAGGUAACAACUCUGAAUGACAAGUAUUUCCGACAACACCUUGAAGACAGUCUUUCACUGGGACGAUCGCUCCUGAUUGAAGAUAUAGAGGAAGAAUUGGAUCCAGUCCUUGAUAAUAUAUUAGAAAAAAAUUUCAUAAAAUCUGGAUCUGCUUUUAAGGUGAAAGUUGGUGAUAAGGAAGUAGAUGUUAUGAAUACAUUUCGACUGUUCAUUACUACAAAACUACCUAAUCCUUCUUUCACACCUGAAAUUAAUGCAAAAACAUCAAUUAUUGAUUUUACUGUUACAAUGAAAGGACUUGAGAAUCAGUUACUGAGAAGAGUAAUACUCACUGAAAAACAGGAACUAGAGGCAGAACGAAUUAAACUCAUGGAAGAUGUAACUUCUAAUAAGAGGAAGAUGAAGGAACUGGAAGACAAUCUUCUUUACAAACUAAGUGCAACCAAAGGUUCACUAGUGGAUGAUGAAUCUUUAAUUGGUGUCCUGCAAACAACGAAGCAAACAGCUGCUGAAAUAGCUGUCAAGCUGUCUGUGGCAGCAGAAACUGAAGUGAAGAUUAACACGGCUCAGGAGGAAUAUCGACCUGUUGCCACGCGGGGAAGCAUCCUUUAUUUCCUUCUUACAGCAAUGAGCAUGGUCAAUAAUAUGUAUCAAACUUCACUGGCUCAGUUCUUGAAGCUGUUUGAUCAAUCUAUAGCCAGGUCUAAGAAGUCUCCUGUGCCUCAGAAAAGAAUCUCAAAUAUUAUUGAAUAUCUUACUUUUGAAAUUCACUCAUAUUCUGUUAGAGGGCUGUAUGAAAACCACAAAUUCCUCUUCACCCUCCUCCUGGCUUUAAAAAUUGAUAUUGAGAGAGGACAUGUGGAAAACAGAGAGUUCCAAACUCUCAUUAGAGGAGGUGCAGCUUUGGAUCUACAGGCUUGCCCACCCAAACCAAGCCGCUGGAUUCUUGAUAUGAUAUGGCUAAAUCUAGUGGAAUUGAACAAACUUCCACAAUUUGAAAAUAUUUUGAACCAGAUAGCUCACCAUGAUAAGCAAUGGAAACACUGGUUUGAUAAAGAUGCGCCUGAGGAAGAAAUUAUCCCUAAUGGAUACAGUGAUUCCCUUGACACCUUUCGCAAGCUUUUACUCAUCAGAUCUUGGUGUCCAGACCGAACACUUUCCCAGGCGAGGAAAUAUAUUGCAAGUUCCUUGCAUGAGAAAUAUACAGAGCCAGUUAUUUUGAAUUUAAGAAGCACUUGGGAAGAAAGUGACAUGCGAACACCUCUCAUCUGUUUCUUGUCUAUGGGAUCAGACCCAACUGACCAGAUUAAUUCCUUGUCUCGGAAGCUUCAUUUGGAAUGUAGGACCAUCUCAAUGGGCCAAGGACAAGAGGUUCAUGCACGCAAACUCGUAGAGGCGUCAAUGGAACAGGGAGGCUGGGUGUUACUUCAGAAUUGUCACCUUGGACUGGAGUUCAUGGAAGAACUACUGGAGACACUUCUUACUGCUGAGAUCCAGAAUGACACAUUUCGAGUUUGGAUAACUACUGAACAACAUCUUAAAUUCCCAAUUACACUGCUACAGAUUGCUAUAAAGUUCACAAAUGAACCUCCACAAGGUAUACGUGCCGGACUGAAAAGAACAUUUUCUGGAAUUAGUCAGGAUCUGUUAAACGUUAGCAACCUGCCUAUGUGGAAACCUUUGCUUUACACUGUAGCUUUCCUGCAUUCUACUGUUCAGGAGCGACGCAAGUUUGGACCUUUGGGUUGGAAUAUUCCUUAUGAAUUUAACUCGGCAGACUUUACAGCCAGCAUUCAGUUUAUAAUUAAUCACCUAAAAAAAAUUGACAUCAAGAAGGGGAUAUCAUGGAACACAGUACGCUAUAUGAUUGGAGAAGUACAGUAUGGAGGCCGAGUCACAGAUGACUAUGACAAACGUCUUCUUAAUUGCUUUGCAAGGGUAUGGUUUAGUGAAAAUAUGUUUGACAGUGCUUUCUGCUUUUAUACUGGCUAUAAAAUUCCAGUAUGCAAAACUCUGGAACAGUACUUUGACUACAUCCAGUUACUUCCUGCCAUGGACACCCCAGAGGUGUUUGGUCUCCAUCCCAAUGCUGAUAUUACAUACCAGAGAAAUACAUCAGCUGAUGUUCUGGAUACUAUUACCAACAUUCAGCCUAAAGAAAGUGGUGGAGGAUCUGGAGAAACUCGUGAAUCAGUUGUUUAUCGUUUGGCUGAAGACAUGCUAGAGAAACUUCCUCCAGAUUACGUACCUCAUGAGGUAAAGGCUCGUUUAGUUAAAAUGGGAGUACUAAACUCUAUGAAUAUUUUUCUUCGUCAAGAAAUUGACCGCAUGCAGAGGGUGAUCACAGUUGUCCGCACCAGUUUGAAUGAUCUGAAACUAGCCAUAGAUGGAACUAUUGUUAUGAGUGAGAAUUUAAGAGAUGCACUUGAUAACAUGUAUGAUGCUCGAAUCCCUCAAGUAUGGAAGAGAGUAUCUUGGGAGUCCUCCACACUUGGCUUCUGGUUUACUGAUCUUUUGGAGAGAAAUGCUCAAUUAUCUAAUUGGAUAUUUCAAGGAAGACCAAAGGUGUUUUGGAUAACUGGAUUCUUUAAUCCGCAAGGAUUCCUGACAGCAAUGAAACAAGAAGCGACUCGAGCACAUAAAGACUGGGCUUUGGAUAAAGUUGCAGUACAUAAUGACGUGCUAAAGCUGACCAAGGAAGAAAUCAUAUCACCUCCUUCUGAAGGAGUUUAUAUCUAUGGGCUCUUCUUGGAAGGUGCAGGCUGGGACAAACGAAGAAGCAUACUUGUUGAGUCUUCACCAAAGAUUCUUUUUGUCCAGCUGCCUGUGCUCCAUAUGUUUGCUGUUGAUUCAACCAGACCUAGGGAUCCCAGGCUCUAUGUUUGUCCUCUUUACAAGAAGCCCAAGAGGACAGAUUUGAACUUUAUUACAGAGGUAUUUUUAAAGACAGCAAAGUCUCCAGACCACUGGAUUCUGAGAGGAGUGGCUCUUCUCUGUGACAUCAAGUAAGCUGCUUUUCCUGCUAUGGCAGAAGAGUACGUGGCGCCUGUGACAAACUAAAUGUGUAAUUCUUCUACUGCUCUUUAUUUGGAGGCUACUUGUCAUUAUACUAGAAAUUGCAUUUCAGUCUUGGCUUACUGAUGUUUUUUCUCUGCUGUCAGCA